AUGUCUCAAAAUCCUGUCGUCCCGAAUCUCGAAUACAUGUCUCUCGUUCGUGUCCAAUUGAAAUCUGACAUCCUAACGAAACUACUCGCUUUUGCGGCCUCGAGGAGCCCCAGCCGCCUUCAAUCCGAAGUCACUCCCGUUCCCGGUCGUUCCUUGAAAAAAAUCCGCGUUGUGCCUUCCGUUGUGAAGAACGCAUCGAAGUUCGUUCUGGAAGCCCAUAUGCUAGAGGAGAUAAGGCUCCUGGAACGGGAUGGGGUGAAGGUUGUGAUUGAGAAUAGUACUGAGGAGGCUUCAAGUUGGCCUCUGAGAAAUGUGGAGGGUUGGGACAAUCUGGAUUGA